CGAUAUAAAGCCUGGUUAGUGUGACCAAACCAAAAACAUCAGAAAAUACUACUGCAAAAAAAAAGUACAACGAUAAUACUUCGAUAUAACUAUAUAUUUUCGACUAAUCGGAAUAUCGCGGAAAAUUAUAACGCGAAAAGCUAAAAACGAGAACUCGCUUGUAAAUUAAAGCCGCGAAUCAACAACCGCUCCCAACCGCAAAUGCAGGCUUUUACAGACAAGCUGUGCAUCUUCGGGAUUUUCGGUAGACGCGAGACAGGAGAAUCAAAAAGUUAAAGCGAGGCGAAGAAGCGAAGAAAAGAAGGCAUACAUACAGACAUCAAGCGCACGUAUACGUUGCGAAGGAAUAUAUGUAUCCAAAGAGGUGUAUGUGUGCGUGCAGCUUCUAGCGAAGAUUGUUGGAGCACUCGAGUGGAGCAAAAAGGGGGGCUGCCUGGAAAGAGACGCGACUGAUAGAGAGAGAGAGAAAGAGAGAGGGCGCUAUGGACGGCGGCGCUUGGGUGUUUUGGGAACAAAGGCGUUAAAAUGAUUUGGCACGGAAAAGGAGUCGCCAGCCACAGCUAGAGCAAAAACAGCAACGACGACUCCGCCAGCCCACUGUGAUAUAUUUUUUGGAUCCAGCCCCAGCCAAAAAAACAAGCUCGUACGUGUCUGAGUGUGUGUGUAUAUGUCUCGGUCUCGGUCUCGUUCUCCGUCUCCCCGUCUCUCCAACAAAACGCAGAAAAAGACGCACACACACACACAUACACAUACACACACAGCAAGAGCGACCAGACAAAGUGAAUAAUUCAUUUAAGACUGUCCUGCAGAAUGGUCGUCGGAUCGAAUCAUACGCGGCGCGGUGAAACUGGCAGCAGAUAUACAAGCAACAACAGCUCCAGCAGCACCAACGGAGGCACCACCGCCACCAGCACCACCAGCGCAACGUCUUCAAUAGCCACCUCAUCGACAACGUCGACGACAGCAUCGCAGACUGCGUCGGCGACGGCGGCUGCGACUUUGUUGUCGUCAAUGUCCCAAAAAGGCCAUGUCCCACCACCUGCACCUGCAUCAUCCGCGCAGCAACAGUCGCAGUCGCAUCACCAGCAUGCCGCGACCAACCACCAGGCGCAGGGCCACCAUCACCACCAUGGCCACUACCAGCAGCAGUCCUCGAACCAUCAUAGCACCACCACCACCACCACCAACAACCACCACCAGACGAAUGGCAGUGGCGGGGGAUCCAGUGGAGCAUCGGUGGUCAGUGGUCUCAACGGUUGCAACGGCAGUGCCGUCAGCAGAUUAUCCCAAUCCACGGGCAUGUCGCCGAGGGAACUCUCUGAGAACGACGACCUGGCCACCUCGCUGAUACUCGAUCCGCAUUUGGGUUUCCAGACCCACAAGAUGAACAUACGCUUCCGGCCCCUCAAAGUGGACACGCAGCAGCUGAAGGCGAUUGUGGACGAGUUUAUACACACGCAGAACUACGAUGUGGCCAUUCAGCGGAUAUACGACGGUCCUUGGAUACCGCGCCACCUCAAGAACAAGAACAAGAUUGCUACCAAACGGCUGCACGAUCAUAUCGUGCGGUACCUGCGCGUCUUCGACAAGGACAGUGGAUUUGCGAUCGAGGCCUGCUAUCGGUACUCGCUGGAGGAGCAGCGCGGCGCCAAGAUUAGCUCGACGAAGCGAUGGUCGAAGAACGAUAAGAUCGAGUGCCUGGUCGGCUGCAUCGCUGAGCUGACGGAGGCGGAGGAGGCGGCGCUGCUGCAUUCGGGCAAGAAUGACUUCUCGGUGAUGUACAGCUGCCGGAAGAACUGUGCCCAACUCUGGUUAGGUCCGGCCGCCUACAUCAAUCACGAUUGUCGCGCCAACUGCAAAUUCCUGGCCACCGGCCGGGACACCGCCUGUGUGAAGGUCCUGCGCGACAUCGAGGUGGGUGAGGAGAUCACAUGCUUCUACGGCGAGGACUUUUUCGGCGACUCGAAUCGCUACUGCGAAUGCGAAACCUGCGAACGAAGGGGAACAGGCGCCUUUGCCGGCAAAGAGGAUGGCCUGAUGCUCGGCCUGAGCUCUGGUUUAGGCCUGGGCCUGGGACUGGCCACCGGUGGUACUGGCUACCGGCUGCGCGAAACGGACAACCGGAUCAAUCGCAUCAAGAGCCGGGCCAACUCCACGAACAGCACCUCGAACAGCAACAGUAACACCAACGAUUCCACAACGGCGAGUGAGAGCAGUUCGAACGGUGUGGUUGCUGCUGGCGGUGGAGGAACAGCUAGCGCUGGAGCUGGUGCAGCGGGUGGAGGAGGAGGAGGAGGAGGAGCCACACCGGCAGCUGCCGGAGCGGGAGCUGGAGCGGGCACGGGAGCAGCUGCUCCAGUAGCUGGCAAAGAGGCCACUGCUGCUGUCUCGUUGCUGGAGAAGAAGCUGCCCAACGUGGUCGUGUCGCCGCUGACGAUGAAGGAGCUGCGCCAGAAGGGCAUGACCAAGUACGAUGCCGAGAUGAUAAUGGCCAAUGCAGCAUAUCAGCAGCAGCACCACCACCAGCAUCAGCACCACUUCCACCACCACCAUCAUCACCACCAUCACCACCACCACAACCAUGGCCAGCACGCCAGCACCGGCGCAGAGGCCACGGCCGCCGUGCAGGCGAUGCAGAAGCCGAGUGGCGGCACUUCCUCCGGCCCUGGCGCCGGCACAGUUGGAGGCGGGACAAGCGCUGCCGCCGGCGGAGCUGGCUCCGAGGUCAAUGGGCUGCGCAAGUCGAUGCGCGUGAACAGCACCAGCAGCAGUAUCUCCACCGCCUCCACGGACGAGGUGAUCGCCACCGGCCCCAUCACACCGUUGCCCACGAAGGCGCCCGUUGUGCUGAUGCCUAGAUGCAAGCCGGCCCAGAUGGCCAUUGCGGCGGCGGCCAUGCAACAACAGCAGCAACAACAGCUGCAACAGCAGCAGCAGCAGCGGGAGAAGCGCCAACUGAGACGCAGCGAGCGCCAGAAGGAGAAGCUGACGGACGGGGAGAGCAGCGACAGGGAGAAGGAGAUCCCGGACCAGCAGCUGCCGGCCAAGGUGUUCAUCCUGGCGACUGAGAAACCAGAAAAGCAACAGCAGCAACAACCACAGCAGCAGCAGCAGCAGCAGCAGGAGAAGCGUGUGACGCGGAACAGUGCAGGAAGAUCGGGAGGCGUUGGAGGAGGAACAGGAGGAGGAGUAGGAGGAAUGGUUGCCAGAUUAGCCACUGCCCAUAACAAUAACAUAGGAACCACAUCUGCAGCAACCGCCGCAUCAUCAGUUGCAACAACCAACAACAACAACAACAACUGCAGCAAAGCAACAACAACGAUUACAAAUUGUAAUAACCAUAAUAGUAAUAAUAGCAGUAGAAUUAAUCAUAAUUCUAAUCUUAGCGGUAGACUUAGUGUUAAAUCAAAGAAGCCAGCACCAAGUGAGGCCUCGUCCACAUCCUCAUCCACCACAUCCACAUCCUCAGAUCAGCAUCCGCAGCAGCAGCAGCAGCAGGCAACGCGUCGCAGUCGCAGCCACAGUCCCGCCUACAAAAAGAAUCUACUGGCCAGCUUCGAAUCAGGAGCCAAGGAUCAACAGCAGCAGGCGGAUGAAGGAGGUGCUCCUGCUCCGGUCAAGCAGAAAAGGAGUCGCCGGGCAGCAGCUUUGGCAGCGGCGCAAAGCAUUCACUGCGAUGCUCUGGGAGUAACACCCGGCUCCCUGUCAUCCUUCACCAGCAGCACCAAUCCCCGCAAGAGAUCCCAGCCGGCGAGCACCAGCACCACCACCACCGGCGAGGCGGCGCCCUCCAGCAGCAGCAGCAGCAGCAUCAUCAUCAGCAACAGUAAUGUGGAGCCCUUGCUGAAGACUCCGGAGCGCCGAUUGAAGCUAACACUGCGGAUGAAGCGUUCGCCCAUCCUCGACGAGGUCAUCGAGCUGGGAACGAGUCUCAGCAACGACCGCCAUGCUGGCCGGCACAACGGCAGCCACGGAUCGGGACGCAGUGCCGGAGGACUGGCCUCGUUGCACGGAUCUGGUUCGGAUAAGGCGGCGUUGAAUGCCAACAGCAGCAGCUCCAGCAUCGGCAAUGGCAUCGAGUAUGAGAUCCUGCGCAUGGAGGGCAUCUCGGAGCAUGGAAACGACGACGAUGACGAGGAGGAGGAGGAGGAGGAGGACGAAGACGAGGAGGAGGAAGACGAAGAACUGCCAGAAGAGGAGGAGCAGAAACUGGAGGAGGAGGAGCCAGAAGCACAUCAGCCGCAGGAGGAGGAGAAGCUGGCAGCCACACGAUACUCCAAGAAGCAGAGGAAGAAGCAACGCAGCCGGAGCAGGAGCAGCCAGAGGCGAUCGCCGGCUCCCAGCAGCAGUGUAUACGGUACGCCCCAGAAGAAGCGGCUCCGCCUGAUUUUCGGCAACGAAUCCCACACCAUAGACAUUCCACCGACAGCCGAGAGACCGGGAACAGCGGGCGCCAGCAGCGGCGUGGAUGAGCUGAACAGCAGCGGCGGAGCCGGAGGCGUGAGUGCCAGUGAUGAGUCCUUCAACGCCUCGUACGCCAGCAGCACCAGCCUGACGGUGAACACCAGCAGCACCACAUCCUCCUCGUCAUCGUCGUCGUCGUCCGUGGAGCCGGUGGAGUCGUCCAGUGGUGCAGCGGCGACAAUUGCCUCCGGCAGUGCCCAGUCACCGUCUUCCACCACGAGCAGCUCCUUCCAAUCGGCCUGCACAUCCACCACCAGCAGCAACAUCUACUUCCCGAACGGAAAGCAACGCGGCGGCGAUGGGGGCGACUCCUAUGGGAUGAACCACCACUAUCCGCUGGGGAAGUUCGGCAGUCCCGGCCAGGGACAGGCCAUUGUGAGCAGCAGCAGUGGAUCGGGAGCGGGCUCAGGAUCUGGAGCGGCCGGAGGAGGUGGAUUCUUAAGCAUCCCCAAGCACACCUUCGGCACAUGCGCCCUCCUGGCGCCCACCAGCUUCGCCAAUCUCCAGCAGAAUGCCCAGCAGGCGGGACAACAGCAGAUAAAGUCAUCCUCCUCAGGGGGAGGCGGAGGAGCAGGUAGCACCGGUGGAGGAGGAGUGGUGGCUACAUCCACAUCCACAUCCACAUCGCAUCAUCAUCAUAACCAUCAUGGCCAGAAAUAACCAACGACUGAUCUCCAAGCAAAUUGACUAAGCUCAGCUGCCAUUGCCAAGAGAGGAGGAGUAAGGAAUCGGAUAACCAAGAGGGAAGCGGACAGACCACAACCGAAUAGGAAGGAGGAGGAGGAGACGAACAAGAUGGAUAAACUGGAGUGGAGGAGGAGUAUGAGGAAAGUGAAUGAGGGGAGGAGGAGGACACGGAGACUAAGGAGAAUUGUUGCGCUGCUGGCGUCGUUGCCUCUGCUGCUGCCGCCGACCUGCAAUCCUGCAAUCCUAAUAGUGUCCUCAUAUAGACUUAGCCCUAGAACAUAGAUCUAGUAUCUAGUAUCUAGUAUCUAGUAUCUAGUAUCUAGCCACCAUUAUCCCCAGUCCCCAAGUAGAUCCUGUAUUUUUUUUUAAUUGAGAAAUAUUUGAUUAUUGAGCCAAAAAGCAAAAACCAAAAGCUAGAACAGGAAAAAAUUUGGAAAUACCUGAAUUAUAACUUUCUUUUUUGCUUUCUUCCAUUUCUCUUUGUUCUCUAUUUCUAUUUCUCUUUCUUCUCCCUUUCGUCCUUUUUUUUUUUUUGUGUUUCUGUGCGUGUGCGUGCGUGUGCGUGUGCGUGCGUGUGCGUGUGUGUGUGUGUGUGUGUGUGUGUGUCGUGUGCUGUGCAUGUUCGUGCUUGUUUGUUUUGUUGUGUGCUUUUGUGCUUUUCUUUUUGCAGAUGGAAAUUUAAAGCAUAAAAGUAGGAUGAGAAAGGAUGAGGAUGAAAUAAAGCAGAAGAGCAAAUGCAACAACAACAACAAGAACAAGAACAGCAUCUACAGCAGAAACAGCAACAACAACAACAACAAGACCAGGAGCAGGAGCAACAACAACAACAACAACAACAACAUCCUUUGUAGCAGCAGCAGCGGCAACAACAACAACAACAAUCUGAUAGUUAAAAAACUAAGAAUAGAAUUAAAUCGCAUUCAAAUCAUGUACAGUUGAGAAGAGACAUAGAGAGAGAGAUAAUUAAAAAUAACAAGGACGAGCCUGAAGGAUAAUCCGAGAGCCAUUUAACUAACAAAUUAAUAAAUUUAAUUGCAAAAAACAAAAAGAAAUGCCAGAAAAUGCAACAAAAACAACAACAAAAAGGAUAAUACAACAACUUGCACACAGACACAAACAACGCAAUUAGCAGCGGUUUUAGACGCCUUACAACUAACGUUAACUUCAUAAACCUUAUAUAUAUAUAUAUAUAUAUUUAAAUAUAUAAAGGAUAAUUUAGAAAAUCCCACAAGAGCCAACAAAACAAUAGAGCAGCAACAACAACAACAACAACAAGAAUAACAGCAAUAUAUAAGCCACUCACUAGAGUAACAAAUUGAAAACAAAAAAAAAAGUAUAAACAAAAUACAAGGGGAAUAUGCUAAAAAUAAUAAAUAAAAAAAAAGAAAACUUAGAAAACCAAAUAUUUCACAUAAUUGUAUAUAAAAAAAAAAAAACAAAAUGGAAAAAAUUAUAAAAUUAUAAUGAAAAACGAAAGUGAAGAUUCAACUUGAGAAAAAUAAUAAAAAUAAAAAAUUCAAAAAAAAAAAACGAUGAAAAGUUUUGAGAUGAAAGUGGCCAAGAUUUCAUUUUGUUUUCGAUUCGAUCAUAUCCAGUUCAGAAUACAAUAUAUAUAUAUAUAAUCUAUAACACCCCCCGCCCCACCUCUCAUCAUGCUAUCCAUGCUGUUGUUAUCUUUUGCGUUUCCGGAAGAAUCCAAUCUAAAAAAUAAUAAUAUAAAUAAUAUUAAUAUGUCCACACACACGGCACCACAGAAUAAUGUUUUUUGGCUUACACCGAUUCGAUCUUGUUUUCAUUAUUCAUUAUUUUUUUUAUCCUAUAUCAACGAUAAUAUAAAAAAGAUUUGAUUAAAUAUAUAUUUUUUUUUGUGCGAUGCGAUUAUAAUUAUUUUUUUACGCAUAAGUUUAGUUAUUAGCGUACAUUAAUUAAUCAUAUAUUCGAUAUAUUAUAUAUGUAACUACUGUGUAUUAUUUUGUAAGCCACCACAAAAAAAAAAAAAAAACAAUUAGAGCAGCGCCCAGCCGCCGCUAAACAUUCAUAAUAAACUAAAAAAUGAAAUUUA